AUGUCAAAAGAAUCACGUCCACAUUUAAUUAUCGAUAAAAAUACAGCACCUUUUACGCCGCCACCUAAUAUACACCCAGCAUUAGCAGAAACAAACAUAAAAUAUUGGUCCUACCAGCAUUUUGUGCUGCAAGUAAUUUUGUUGAAAAUUCCUGUGAACUCUGUAGGCGAUGUAGAACAAGCAUGGAUUGACUCGUUAAAGUCGUUAGCACCAAGAAAAGAUAUGGAUAAAAAAUAUAGAUGCUUCAUCAAAAAAUUGAUUGAUUAUCAGACUUUCGAAAAACUAGAUUCUGGUACGGAAUUUGUUUUAAAAUUGUCAAAUGCAAUUCAAUGGAAGCCGGUGCCACCUCCGCCAAAUAUUCAGGAAUACUUUAACAGCAACUGUAGUACUAAUUUAAGUAAUGAAAAUAAAAAAUUUAACGCUAACAUUCAAUAUAUAAUUGCAAACAUUGAUGUUUUUAAAAGAAGUGUGACUGAAGAAGUUCUCAAAAUGACAACAAUGUAUCCUUUUUACCAUGCCGUUAUCAAUAGUGAUUUUUUAUUAGAUAGGUGGGGUGAAAUUCAAUCAUAUUCAACAAAAGAAGCACAAAAUGAAGAUGCUAACCCAUUUCAAAAAGCUAGAAUUGGCAGAAAAGUAGAUAUGGUUGGCAACCUUAAAGAGACGUCAUUCAAGGUUGAAGCUUUAUUCGGGGAAGUUUCUGGUGGAUUGGGUCCUUUUGGUCUUCCUGCUGCGACGAGAAAAAACCAUUUUUUUGACAAAAUAAAAUUAUCCAUAAUGUUGAGAGAUUCUCUUAACUCAGUAAUUAAAAAAUGGCGGAAUCUCAAUGAUGAUCUGAGAAAAUCUGUGGUAUUAUAUGGUUGGACUCAACAUGGACUUGAAAUAAAUGUUUACACUUUAAAAUGGGAAGGCAAUGGUAUCUAUCUAUUUGGGUUGGUCGAUAAAGGUACUCUACCAUCAUCUAAGAAUGAAUGCGGACUUUUUGAAGAUUUAUAUUGUAUUUUUAAAGAAUUAGAAAGAAAAUUAAAGAAAACUGAAGAAAAUAUCAAAAAUUUAAAUUUAUUAAAUGUAAGAAGUAAAAGGAGGAAUUUAGGUGUAGAGAGCACACCUGAACUCAACUUAAAUAGAACACCAAACUAG